AUGGGAUAUCUGAAACAAAUCGAUAUUGAAAACUUCAAGUCAUGGCGAGGGAAGAAAGUUGUCGGUCCGUUCAUGAGGUUUAACUGUAUAAUUGGUACAAACGGCUCCGGUAAGUCCAAUGUGAUGGACGCCCUGAGCUUUGUCAUGGGGGAGCGGGCUGCCUCUCUCCGGGUGAAGCACCUCCGGGACCUGAUAUACGGAGCCCACAUCGGGCGGCCGGUGCAGGACACUGCGCGCGUCACCAUGCUGUACUGCGACGAUGAGGACCAGGAGACGGCCUUCUGCCGGACCAUCGUAGGUGACUCCUCUGAGUUUCACAUCAACGGGGUGCGUGUCUCUCUGGCCAAAUACACAGAGGAGCUGAAGAAGAUCGGCAUUGUGACCAAAGCUCGAAACUGUCUGGUGUUCCAGGGGGCAGUGGAGUCCAUCGCUCUGAAGGACCCAAAGGAGAGGACCAAGAUGUUUGAGACCAUCAGUCAGUCCAAUGAGUACGCUGCAGAGUACAAUAAGAAGAAAGAGGCCCUGCUGAAGGCCAAAGAGGACACUCAUUUUCACUUCAACAAGAAGAAGUCUGCUACUGUCGAGAGGAAACAGGUGUCCCAGGAAAGAGCAGAGGCCCAGAGGUACCAGGGACUGGUGGAUGACCUUUACCAAACCCGCCUGCAGCUGAGCCUGGCUGAGCUCUACCACAAUGAGAAGGCCAUCGACGCUCUCAGCGACACCCUGAGGGAGAAACAGCAGGCUGCAGCCGCUAAGAACAGUAAAGUGGUGAAUGCAGAACAGACAGUCAAAACCCACAAGAAGGAACAUGGACGGCUCAACAGAGAGCAGCAGCACGUCGAGAAGGAGAUCAGCGCCCAGGAGCACAUCCUGUCCCAGUCUCGAUCCCAGUACAUCAAAGCCAAGGUGAACACCUCACAUCACAUGAAGAAGGCUGAGGAGGUCCAUGACGCCCUGAGGAAGAGUCAGAGGCUGAUGGCUGUUAAAGAGCAGGAGCUGGCAGAGGGACGGCAGGAGAUCUCUGACCUGGAGAGGGCCUGGAGGAACUAUGAGAGGCAGGUACAGGAAAGGGGAGCCUCCCCGGGCAGAGACAUUGAGCUGGAUGAAGAUCAGAUGGAGCGAUACACAGAGCUGAAGGAGCUGGCCCGAAAGCAGGGGGCGGUCCUCAGUCAGCAGGCUGAGAAACUGCAGUGGGAGGUCAGAGCAGAUUACGAGAAGAUGGCUUUCGACCAGCGCAGAAAGAAGGAAGUGGAGGUUGCCAUCAGGAACAACCAGACUCAGCUGGACGAUUUGACACGCAGAGCAGAGAAGCUGGAGGACUACACCAAGUCCUGCACGUUGUCCCUUGAGGAUUACCGUCAGCGGGAGAAGAGCCUGAGUGCAGAGCUGCAGCAGGGCCGCCAGCGCAGCGAGGAGGUGAACCAGGAGCUGGGCCAGGUGUUGGAGGAGCUGGGGAACGCCUGUCUCGACAGUCAGGAGAGCAGUCGUCAGACGCAGCGCAAAGAGCUGCUGGAGAGGCUCCGCAGGCUCUACCCUGAAAGUGUGUUUGGUCGUCUGUCUGACUUGUGCAGCCCGAUCCAUAAGAAGUUCCAGCUGGCUGUCACCAAAGUGUUUGGCCACAACAUGAACGCCAUUGUUGUUACCUCAGAGAAAGUAGCUCGUGACUGUAUCAAUUUCAUCAAGACGGAGAGAGCUGAGCGUGAAACUUUCCUGCCCAUCGACUACUUGGAUGUGAGUCCUCUGAAUGAGAGACUGCGGGAGGUGCCAGGUGCCAAGAUGGUGGUCGAUGUUGUGCAGGUUAACACUGGCCCAGCUGCCGCCCUGCUAAGGAAAGUGGUGCAGUUUGUCUGUGGCAACGCGUUGGUUUGUGAGACCAUCAAAGAUGCAAGGAGUUUGGCCUUUGAUGGGCAGGUGCGCCUCAAGACAGUGGCGCUGGAUGGGACCAUGUUUACAAAGUCUGGCAUGAUCUCUGGAGGCUCCAGUUACCUGCGGACCAAAGCUCGCUGCUGGGACGAGAAGGACAUGACGAAGCUGAGGGAACGCAAGGACCAGCUGACAGCAGAGUUACGCGUCAGUCAACACACAAAAUUGUCAAAAAAUCUUUCAGAUCUGAUAAAGCUGAAGCGGAAGGACUCAGAGCUGAAACAGGUCAUUGCUCAGGCUCAGGGCGCUCAGACUCGCCUCAAAUACUCCAAAACUGAGCUGGAAAACCUUCGGAAGAAAAUCAUCCUAAAAUGCCAAGCGGAGAUUUCUCGUAUGGAGAGUGAAUUAGCAAACCUGGAGUCUCAGAUCCAGAUGCAGAAGGAGAGUGUGGAGGCAAAGGAUGAACAGAUGAAGAGGAUCAGAGGCCAGAUCAUACAGAUGGAAGACUUGGUGUUUUCUGACUUCUGUGCUGAGAUCGGCGUGGACAGCAUCAGAGAGUACGAGCGGGAGCACCUGAAACAGCAAACAGAGCUUGACAAGAAGCGGCUGGAGUUUGAGAGUCAGUGCACUCGCCUGAAAGCGCAGCUGGAGUACGGACAAGACCAACUGGAGCAGCAGAAGAAGAAGCACCGCAAAAUGGAGGAAACCAUCGACAAGGAGGAGAGAACCGUGGCCGAGCAGAGGAAGGAUGAGGAGAAGCUUCUGGCAGCGGUGGAGGAGGGUCAGAGCAAACUGCUGGAGCUGAAGAACCAGCUGCUGUCUAAGAAGAGCCAGGUGUCCGCUGCCAAAGCUGAGCUGGACCAGAAAACUAAGAUCCUACAAGAAAUCAACAAAGAGUUGGUGAAGCUUCAACAGGAGGUGAUGUCUGCAGAAACGGCCCUGGAGCAGAAACGCUUGGUCAGACACAACCUGCUGUUGGCCUGUAAGAUCCAGAGUCUGCCCGUCAUUUUGCUGUCAGGGAGCUUGGAUGAAAUCAGUGAGGUGGAGCUGGACACAGAAUCUGAGAGCAUUUCAGCCACCAUGAACAUCUACGAGAGAGAAGCACUUCUGGUCAUCGACUACUCUGGCCUGGACGCAGAAGUCAGGAGUCUGCAGGCAGACGAGGAGAUUGAGGCCUGUUUAGAGCGGCUGAAGGAGUCGGUCUCCUCUAUAGAAGCAGUGCUGCAUCGCACCACAGCUCCAAACCUGAAAGCUCUGGCCAAGAUGAGAGAAGUGAAGGACAAGUUACACGAAGUGACAGAUGCGUUUGAUGCCAGCACCAGAGCAGCCAGAAAAUGCAGUCAGGAGUUCGAGCAGGUCAAAGCCCGUCGCUUACAACUCUUCAGUCAGUGCUUUGAACACGUGUCCAUCGUCAUCGAUCAGAUCUAUAAGAGAAUCUGCAGGAACAGCAGCGCCCAGGCCAUUCUGAGUGCAGAGAAUCCAGACGAGCCAUACCUCGGCGGCAUUAACUACAACUGUGUGGCGCCGGGGAAACGCUUCAUGUCCAUGGACAAUCUGUCUGGAGGAGAAAAGGCCAUUGCUGCCCUCGCCCUGUUGUUCGCCAUCCACAGCUUCUGCCCUGCUCCGUUCUUCGUCCUGGACGAGGUGGACGCAGCCCUGGACAAUACUAACAUCGGCAAGGUGACCAGCUUCAUCAGAGACGAGUCCAGAGAGAACAUGCAGAUCAUCGUCAUCUCUCUGAAGGAGGAGUUUUUCUCUAAGGCCGAUGCCUUGCUGGGCGUCUACUCAGAUUUUGAUGAAUGCAUGUUCAGCCGUAUUCUGACCCUGGACCUGCGACCCUACCCUCUGGUUGACGAAGACAACGGGAGCCAGGCGCACGCAGAGAGGACGGGACUUGUGUAG